UUGAAUUCAAGGGAGGUAACCAAUUGUUUCAUAGUAAAUCAACAGGUCUGAUCGGUCACUAAAAAGAAACGCACUGGCACAAGCGACUCGCGUGGUCGGCUAAGACGAAACGACCCGCCGCAGUCCUGUCUUUCGGGGUGGAUUUUUCUCGACGGCAAAAGGAGUUAAACUUUGGGGGUUUGCCCGCUGGUUGUCUCUCUUUGGAUUCCUCGUUCGAGAAACCCGCUUUCUGUCGCAGUGGGUUGCGAGAUCGUGUGUUUUUCGUGUGAAAAGGAGUAGGGAUUUCGUUGACACGAGGGGGUAUGCAUCGACUGCCUCUGGAUCGACAUCGCCCGCUGUCUCGUCCUAAUUCCGCACUUCACGCACCUGGCUUUUCGACUUUGGAAAGAAGAAAUCCCGAGUAAAUGUGCGUCUUUUAUCAGAGACGCAAAUACCCACAUCUGCACAUUCGCAUCGCAGACGGGCUCUUUGCAAGCUCAGUUUCCUCCCUCUUGUUGAUUGGAAUCCUGUGCUCCGCACGACACGCUCAGCAGCUAUCGGUUCCAGUCGUCGGUUUGCUUAUUGGCUUUAAGCGGUCGUAACUGACUGGACAACAAGUGAAGACGAUCUGCCUUAUAUCCAGAUCGCAGAAUCAAGGGUCGCGCUGGAGUUCGACCAUGUACGCGCCGUGUCCCGGGAAGGUCACCAGUCGGUAAACCCCGCGGACAGAAUUUUCCGUUGAACCAGAUUCUGGAAAGGACAGGAUCUCCAGAGGCGCAUCGUCAGUACUCUUGAGAAUUUGCCCGUAGAGCAAAGCAGCUGGAGCACGUUCGGUUUUGUGUUGUCCUCGUGGCUAAGCUUGACAACCCAAGGGGAAGGCCUGUCCUGGGCCUUUUUAAAAGCCUUGUUUUCCCGUGUUGUCCCGCGCUGAUUCACUCAGUAUUUUGUUUUCAACCAUGGAGAAGCACUGCAGUGCUUGUUCUGCCGAGUGUGUGUAUACUCCAACGUCUCCACGGGGAGACGGCGAGUCGCCGACCCGACAUCGCAGUCGCCAGUCUUUUUUUCCGUUCACUCUUUGGUGCCGGCGACCCUGGUUUUUCCUCGAGUUGUGUCCUUCGCAAAAUCACGCACAAGAGAGACGGGUGUCCCGCGGGAAAAUGGGGAGUCGCAGAGUCCGCGCGUUUUCCUCGUGGGCAUCCACAGCCGUAACCAUUGCAGUUCUUGCCGCAGUUUCGCUUAUUUCUUUUCUUCCGUCUCCGCAUUCCGAGCCCGCUUGCUCUGAAUCUUCACCUGCCUGCCCGCCGUAUGUCGCACCGUCUAGUUUCGCGCCGUGGCUCUUUGCAGACGCAGUGUUAGAUCUGCCGUCUGCUGGCCAUGAAGACCGUCCGCUGUUCGGUCUCAGAGGGGACCCCCAAGAAGCGCCGAACACAGCUCUUCUGUUCGCUCCUCGUCGAUUAGGCGCUACAGAAGACUCGGAGAAGCAGGCAAAAAGCGUUUCAGACCUCGCUAAUCCUCUGGACGUCGUCGGCGUCCUCGCCAUCGGGAUCGCGAGCAUCAUUGCUGUCGCAGCGGGUGCAGGAGGCGGCGCUAUCUACGUCCCUAUCAUGAUUCUUGUAAUGGGCUUCACUGUGUACGAAGCCACAGCGACGAGCCAGGCUCUCAUGUUUGGCGGGUCCCUUGCGGGCACCUCUCUUAAUCUCUUUCGCCGCCAUCCGUAUGCGGAUCGGCCAGCCAUUGACCUUGACCUGGUUUUGCUCAUGGGCCCGAUGCAAAUUGCAGGGGCGACUUUUGGCUUGGUAAUCAACAGGUGCUGGCCGGUGUAUCUGAUCAUGGCGUUGUUGGUGGUUCUUCUUUUCGCGACGGCGUACAAGACUUUCCGGCAAAUGAUGCGGCUGAAGCACGAAGGUGCGGCGGCGCGGAAACAGCUAGAGCAGCGCAGCGGGAGUCUGUGCGAGGCUUUGGAGGAAGAGGAGCAGGAGGAAGAGCGAGCAAGGCGUAGCAGGGUCGCUGGUGAUAACGUGAAGUCUGGCUCAGACCCACGAGGCCCCUGCCUAAGUGCCGAUGCAGAGCCGGCGGCGACCGCCGAUAAUGAAACGCUGGAAGGGAGAGGCGUAGAAAAGCCGGGAGCAGCGAAACGUGACCUCGAGUUGGUGACUGUGACGCAGAGCGAAACCGAAAACAGCGACGGGGAUGCUGAAAGACUCAAGGCGAAGCGAGAAAUCAACUCACACGCCGCGAACGCGGACCCUAAAUCAAGUGAAGAAGAGAAAGGAUCAGGUUUUGCCGAUUCCUCUCCAGGUGCCGUGCGACUCCCUUUCCCUCAAUCGCUGCGCUAUGCCCUUCGUGGCCACAGUCCUAUCAAAUGGUUCGCCAUGUUCGUCGUCUACGCAAUCAACUUGGCGUUCACCAUCAUCAAGGGUGGUCCUCGGACACGAUGGGAGAUUGUCUCGUACUGCGGAUCUGCCUACUGGGGCGUGUACGUCCUUGGCGCGGCCUUCCUGAUGAGUUGCUCGUACGCAGCGGCGAUGUGGCUCUGGAGAAACAACGAAAAAGAACGGGGGAAAAUUGAGGUCGAGGGGACAACCAGAGCACAACCCAAGAAGGGGGAGCUUGAGUACUCUUUUGCGCAUGUCCACAGUCUCAUGGGCAUUUCGUUGGUCGCCGGCAUGAUGGCUGGCAUCAUCGGGAUUGGAGGGGGCCUGAUUUUGGGUCCGUUCCUUCUUGUCAAGGGUGUGCCGCCGGCUGUCACGACAUCGGUCAAUACAACUAUGAUUCUCUUCACCAGCUCUUCCGCUGCCGCCAUCAGCGUUGCCUCAGGAAAUGCACCGUGGGACUACUGUCUUCUUCUCUUCGGUGUCUGCUUCCUGACCACCCUCAUUGGCAAGGCUUUGGUCGACAAAUUCGUGAAGCGGUAUCACGCAGACUAUAUCCUCGUUCUGCUCCUUCUCGUCAUCAUGCUUGGCUCUGUGGUCUGCACAGUCGUCUCGGGAAUUUUAACGAUCAAGAAGGGCGACCCGAGGGAUAUGAGCUUUAAGUCUCCUUGUUACUGAAGGAGCCAGCGAUCGACAUCCAAGCCGUUGCUGAAACGCGGUUUGGGGACCAACAACGGCACAUUCUUGCUGUGUCUCGGGGGCUUCCCCGUUUCCAGGUUCACACCGAUAUGCACAUGAAUGCGUAGAUGGCUGGGUUCUCUUCGGUGGACGACCAUCUGUAAAUGCAUGUGUACUGUUUUGUGCAUGUACUUGCACGGGUUAACAUUCGUCUGCCGCAUCAAUCUAAAGAUUCAGAUGUGCGUGCCUGUGUAGAGUCGGUGCAUGUGUAAGUUUUGUAAAUUUAAUAUACACAAGUAUGCAUCGAUUCGGGGCGUGGUGCUGUCCAUAAUUUUUGGCGAACAAACCCAGUGCGUCUUUCUUUUUUCGAUUCUUCGGCUUUCUCUCCGACCUCUUAGUGCGUUGGCUGCCUUAGUGGGGCGGUUGGCGCCUUGAGAGGGUUGUCUUCUCACCCAGGAACGGUCGCUAUUGCGAAUAUGACAGAAACGAGUGUUCUUGUCAGCCCCAUUUUGAUUUAAACGAAUUAUCGUCGCAUUCUACGUGACAUGUGGCAAUAUAUAAUGUUAUGCGUUCGUUUCUGCUAUUGCGGUGUGCGGAUGUCGUUACGUUGUCGUUUCGUGUGUCUCUGAGGUGCGACCCCUCGUUUUGUCGUUGCUUAGGGAUGAUCAAAGGCCACUGAAGCGGUCAGCUUUUUUUUGUGGAUGCGCAGACGAUUUUUUGGGGGCUACGCUGGCUGCUGUUAUGUCAUUCGUGUCAGUGAUUCCUGUUUCCUAUUUUUGUGAAUCUCUACGGAUGACAACAACACGAGGAACAGACACUGAUGUUUGCAGUUCAGUUCAUGCGUAAAAUUUUAUGUUUCGCUGCGGCGGUUGCUGUUGUUUCUGACGCGUAAAUGGGAUUUUCCAGUGAUUGCCAAUAAAGAAAACAGUCGGAGCGUAUUGUGGGAAAUGCGCUGCAUAUGGAGCGAGGAGCAAUGCCAAAGCUUCGGGCAGUCUCAAUCGUGCGUCAGCUGUUUUCGCCAAAAGAUCGAAAAGCAAAAUGAUGCUCAGGGAGACAUGAUGCUCACGGGGAACGAAACGACGUGGUUUCGGUCCUCGGUCGGCUUGCCUGGUGUGUGCACCAAGACUUUAUUGUUUGUGUAGUUACGCGUCGGCCAAGCAGUGCAGCCGUCAUUGCAUCUGCAUGAUGAAGUGUUGUGCAGGCAAGUUUAGGGAGUCGCGAAGGAUAUCGCUUUGAACGGAGAGGAGGAUUGUGUAUAGUCCGUAUGGUGAUAUUUGUCGCUCUCAGCUUUCGAGAUAUGCCGCGCUAGCCGAUUUUUCCUCGUCAGCGAAGCACACACACACACAGUCAGGAACGGGUGACCACCAUGGCAAACAGGUGGUCCUUGAACUACCUUCAGAUAAACAUCAUUUCACAUGGCGGCAGAGUAGUUUGGAUUCGGGACGUCCUGCGAUUGAUUUAUUCACUGAGGACGUUCCUCGUGGAUGAUGUUGGAGGCACAAAAACAGCUGUCCAGUGUGUCUGCGCGAUACCACUCUGUUGUUUCUUUGUUCCCCUUUUACUGGUCUCCUUCUUUUGUGUCGCGGUGUGUAUGUUGUCUUAUCGUUUUUACACUGCAUGGGAUGGAGAACGUUUCCUCCAUUGCCAAUACGAUAAUAGAACAACUCAAAAGGCUGCGCUACAUGCCAAUUGCAUAUGUGAGGAAUCAGUCCUUAAUUCAGAUGAUAGUGCCA